UCUGACUGGUCGCGGCGUUGACAUAAAUUCUUGAAGCAGCUGGGUGACAGAUUUCCCCUCCUUCUAUACGACUUGUCCGGGGUAAAGGAUACGUGCGACUUACCUGUGGCUUGAAGACGAGGGUGGAGGACAGAUCGUCAGGAUGAGACUGUGGCUUCCUCUAACCGGCCUCCUGAUCCUGGCUGUCUAUGUCCGGGGUCAGGACUAUUACGACUACGAUGAGUAUGACUACGACUAUGACUACGAAGUAGACACAACGACACAAAGACCUACGCCCAGGCCUACUCCUAGACCCACCCCAAGGCCUACUCAGAGAAGAACUCCGCGACCAACGCCUCGUCCAACACCAAGAAGGACUCCCAGACCAACACCAAGACCAGUCCCAAGGCAGACGCCUAAGCCAACCCCGAGGCCUACACCAAGGCCAACUCCUCGACCCACCCCUGCCCCGACGACAAGACCGACCCCGCGAACUACACCUAAGCCAACCACCACCUUUAAACCAGUCCCGCCCAGAUGGACCCCAGUUCCGGUCACGCCAAAACCCACACCAGAGCGAGUCACCCGUGCCCCUCUAGUGACCUCUCCCCCUGAUCCCGUCACUGCCCCCCCAGGACACUGUCUUACUGCUGUGGAUUUGGAGGCGAGAUGCCCACGAGGAUGGAUGACCAUAGCAGCCGACAUGGAGCGACAGAUCUUACUGAUGGAUGCGGACAACACUCAGAGAGCUGCCGAUUACCAGGAUCUCCAACAUCAGAUCGAAGACUUUGAGAAAAUGAUCCAAGAUCUUCAACAACAGGUGGAGUCGUUCCGGGAUAGGAUGAGCUUCCCGAGCAUGGUCGUGGCCAGGGAUUCGACCGGAUCUGCAGACCCGGCUGCUCUAGAUGCCAACGGUAAAACCUAUCAGGAUUGCCAGGCAGCCUACAAGAGCGGCAGCUCUAAGACGGGUGUGUACUUAAUCAGGCCGCGUGACGCGCCAUAUGACAUCAGAGGUUAUUGUGACAACGGAUGGACCGUCAUCCAGAGGCGAUUUGACGGCAAUGUGAAGUUUUACAGACCGUGGGCUCACUAUCUGUCAGGGUUCGGGAACUAUUCCACGGAGUUCUGGCUGGGGUUAGAGAGUAUCUACCACUUGACCCAACAGGAAGAAUACACGCUGAGAAUAGACAUGCAGGGCUACUCCGGCAAAUGGUACUUCAUCGUCUAUCCCGCCUUCUCCCUCGGGGCUGAGAGGACGUACUACGAGCUAAGCAUCGGCAACAUGACGGUGGGCUCUAUCGAGGACGCCUUAACAGAAAGCAACGGAUUCGGCUUCACUACGAUGGACAAGGACAACGACGGUUGGUACAAACACAACUGUGCUCGUCAUUACUUCGGAGCCUGGUGGUCGAACAACUGUGGGAGCGACCUGAACAGGCGGCUGUGCAAAACCAGCGGUCACGGAUGCAUGGAAUGGGCUGGCAUUCAGAUGCAAAAGUCUCUUAUUCGCAUCAAGCCAAGUUCGGCCAUCCAGCCCGAUGACCUGCUACCUGGUGCAUAGGUGAAAGCUUACUAAAGAAUAAACUAGAUCUUCGUUUUGGGUUUUCGUCCGGCAUUGUCAUAAAUGUUGAUGGUUAUUUUUUUUUUGAUCAUUCUUUAAGCAUAAAACUCUUAUCAUGAGUUUAGUUGGUUAUUAUUAAUCCAAAAGUAAUAGUAGAAUAAAUGGAAUACUAAGACAGAGAAUGAAGUAGUGUUGAGCAUUUCUUUUGUCGGUUGAUCCAUGUUCAAAUGCAAUUGUUUCCACCUGGUUUAUUGAAGAUAUGCUGUUGAUUGUUAAACCGUAAAGUGAAUAAAGAUCUGUAAGUUUAUAUUUUUAUUA